UCGAUCUCCCCCUCCGCCCACGCCUUCUUGCGUCGUCGGACUCCAGCGCGCACCUCAUUGGCAUGGCGGCCGCCGCGCUCAGGGCCCAGCUCAACGCCCUCAUCGGCUCGAUGUUCGCCACUGGCAUCGUGGACGAGAAUUUCCAGUAUCUCCAGUCGGUGGAGCAGGAGGGUUUCCUCGCCGAGAUCCUCAACCUCUUCUUCCACGACGCCGACAAAAUCCUCAACGAAGUCGUCCUCCUGUUGAAUCAACCAGUGGUGAAUUUCGGCAGGGUGGGAGCACUGGUGCAUCAGCUCAAGGGGUGCAGCAGCAGUGUUGGUGCUAAGAAAGUGACUCUCUCCUGCAUCCACUUCCGUCAGUUUUAUGAGGCAGAAAGUAAAGAAGGGUGCCUCAUGGCAUUGGCUCUUGUUAGGAACGAGUUCUACGAUGUGCGCAACAAGCUCCAGACUAUGAUGCAGUUGGAGCAGCAGAUCGCAGCCAUGGGUCCUCACUAGUAGCAAUUGAAGCAAAAAAUAUGAUGGCCCCAUGCGAUCUUAUGGGGUGUAUGUUUCUCUAAAGAUAUAGAGAAGACGUUCAAGGGGUGUUUGGGUUUGGAGGUCAUGGCCGUAACUCAGUGAAAGACCCUUAUUGUUAUGUGUGUCGAUGUUUGUGGUUGUCAACUCUAUGUACCUCUUGUAUGUCAUGGAUUAAUUUCGUCGGUUCAUUG